AUGUUUUGUUAUCUCCGUCUCUGCCAUAACCCUAACCUCCCUUUCACAAAACCCUCUCCCAUUCUCCAUCUUCUUCUCAAACCCUUCUCUUCUUCUUCUUCCCAAAACCACUCUUUCACAUUUAACUACCUUAUUCAAAACCUCGCCUUCUCUCCCGAAACCGCCUCCAAAAUCUCCACCAAACUUCAACUCAACAACUCACAAAACCCCGAUUCAGUCCUCGCCUUAUUCAAAGCCCACGGCUUCUCAAUUUCACACCUUUCCAACCUCAUCCAAACCUGCCCCAAGCUUCUCACUUACCAUCCCAACAAAACCAUUCUCCCCAAACUCAAUUUCCUUCUCCUAAAGGGUGCUUCCACUUCUGACCUAAUCGACAUCAUCGCCAAAAAUCCAAGGUUCUUAUACCUAAACUUGCAAAAGUCCAUCAUCCCAUUUUAUGAUUUAUUCAAAAGAUUCUUACUUUCCGAUGAAUCCACUAUCGCCUUUCUCAAAGUACGCUCUUGGAUGAUUUAUUCUAAAACCCAGUCUCAGAAUAUUCAUUUCCUGCUGAAAAAUGGGGUUCCUGAGUCUAAAGUUGGUAUUUUGUUUCUAAAUUGGUAUUCUGUAUUCACUCAGAACCCUCCUGUAUUUGAGAAGGCAGUGAUGGAACUAAUGGAAUUGGGAUUCAACCCCAAAACUACAUUUUUCACUGUGGCAUUGCGUGCUAAGAUCAAUGGCAAAUCGCAUUGGCAAAAUAAGAUUGAUGUGUAUAAGAAAUGGGGUUGGUCGCAGGAAGAUAUUGUGUCAGCAUUUUUGAAGCAUCCAUGGUGUAUGUUGGCAUCUGUGGAUAAAAUUGAGGCAGUGAUGAAGUUUUUUGUUAAUCACAUUGGUUGGGAGUCUAGUGUGCUUGCUAAACAUCCAAUACUUAUUCUGAUGAGUUUGGAGAAACGGCUUAUUCCUCGGGCUUUUGUUUUGAAAUAUCUUGAAUCUAAAGGUUUGGUUAAGGAUGCUAAAUCGGGUACACCUUUCAAAGUUUCUGAGGAUGUGUUUUUGAAGAAAUUUGUGAAUUGUUUUGAGGAAGAAGCUUCUUAUUUGUUGAAGAUGUAUGAAGAUCAAAAAGAAGUUUCACAUAAUAUGAAGAUCAAAAAGAAGUUUCACAUAAUGUUUGAGAAACGGUUUGUGACUGUAAUUUGGGAAGCUGCAUCAAGAGUAUCCACAACCAUGACGCAACAUGACUGCAAUAUAGAAUCUGGUUUUGAAGAUAGGUGA